UUUAUUUUGUAAAAACGGUUAGCUACGUCCUUUGACGUAUGACAUAUUACAUCACUCUGUUCCCGUGCACGUAGACAGUCACGCAGCUCUCAACCGGCAGAGAAGGACAGGUUCACAACAGCGUUCACCAGGAAACCUCCUGAAAAGUAUUGCCUUUUAGCCAACAUGACUGCCGUGGAAUACGAAGACAAUGAAUCCAAGUUUAUCAGAAAAGCCAAAGAGAAUCCAUUUGUCCCUGCAGGGAUGGCUGGGUUCUUUGCCAUUGUGGCAUACAGACUGUUCAAACUGAAGAGCAGAGGAGAAACGAAGAUGUCGGUCCACCUGAUUCACAUGCGUGUCGCUGCGCAGGGCUUCGUGGUGGGAGCGAUGACUUUAGGGGUGAUCUAUUCUAUGUACAGAGAGUACAUUCUCAAACCUCAUGAAGCACAGAAAGCGUUAGAGCAGAAGGCAUUGGAAAAAAAGUGAAGAGAACUGUGUUAGAUUCAUGCAAUAUCCUUAAUACCAACUGUUAAAGUGUCCCUUUGUAUUUAUUGCUAACAUAAUUUAGGACUUUUUUUUUUUAGAAAAAAAUAAAAAAAUCUUUAAACUGGUUUCUUUUUAAACUGUAUUAAACCUCAGAAAAGGAGAUUUGUGUUUUCAUUAUGUUGCCUGGCAUGUUUAAAAUACCUUGUACAGUAUGUGACGGAAUUAUAGCUAUUUUGCUACCGCCGACUACUAUUUAUUUAUCAUAUCAGUAACAAACUGAUGAAAACAAUCUAAAAUGUUUUUUUUUGUUACUGAAAAUAUUUGGACUAGUAUAAUUUCUGCUACAUGCUGCUGCUCGUAUGUCAGUGUUGUGCACUUGUUUCAGCACAGAGGUGUGGUAUCAGUACCUUUGUACCUUGCAACUCAAGAUUCGUUCUUGUGUCAUUUAAGUCAAUAAAUGAAAGAAAUCGCAGGUUAACAUCCUUAACGAACCAUCAUCUGAAAUUUUACAAUGCAUUGAACGCAAUAUGGGGACUUGUCCACUGCUAAAUGAUUAACGGUACUAGUUCUGUGCAGAUGUAGUGCUGUUGUUACAAACAGGAUAUUCAGGAGCUGAAGCAACACUGUUUUCGAGUGUGUAUGAGUGCGAGUGCCACGAGGAAUGAGAGGUGCUUGUUCUUUUGUAGAUAUAUUGAUUGAUUGUGUUACUAUGUCUGGUAAUUAUUGCACCUUUUUUUUCAUAUUUCAAAACAGACACAAGUUGUACUUUUAGAGUGAUAUAUAUUUUGAGGAUCUCAGCUACCACUGCGUUUAUCUUUGCCAAUAAAAACUAUUGUAAUUCCAAUAAACUCUUCUGGUUAUUUCA